UGUCAUAGAUUUCGUUUUACUCAGCUAAGAUUAAGCCAUGAGCGCUGCUGAAGUGAUAAAAAUCAAUAAGCCUGAAGAUCUGAGCUUCGAAAAAUGUCCUGAAAGUGCCGAGGAAACCGAAAAACGGUUGGAAAUAGAAAAAUUUAUAAAACAAGACAAGAGUCAAGGCAGAUUAAUCGAGCUUCGAAAGCUUGCUAUAUCUGAAUUCGGCCUAGUCAAUGAUGAACUACGACAAAUUUUGUGGCCGCAGCUAGCAGGAAUAGAUUCUGAAUCACUAGAACGUGUCCCCAACCUUCAUGAAUUACAAGCACACCCUGAGUAUCACCAAGUUGUGCUGGACGUUAAUCGAUCGUUGAAACGCUUUCCUCCGGGAAUUCCUUACGAUCAACGCAUAGCCUUACAAGAUCAACUCACGGUACUCAUACUGCGAGUCAUUAAAAAGUAUCCAAACUUGCGCUACUAUCAAGGCUAUCACGAUGUUGCAGUUACAUUUUUAUUAGUUGUUGGCGAAGAAGUUGCCUAUGCAAUUAUGGAGCAGCUUUCGACCACUCACUUUUCCGAAUGCAUGCAAGAAACAAUGGAGGCGACACAAAGGCGCUUAAUGUUCAUUUGGCCUGUUGUUAAUUUUGAAAAUUCAGAACUAUUUCAGUUUUUGCGUAGUUCUUCAGUGGGAACACUGUUUGCAUUGCCGUGGUACUUGACUUGGUUUGGACACAGUUUAAAUUCAUACAAAGCUGUUGUACGUCUGUAUGACUACUUUUUAGCUUCACCUGUGUAUUCACCAAUUUUUGUGACUGCAUCAAUAUUAUUGCAUCGCGCGGAAGAAAUACUAAAAGAAGACUGUGAUAUGGCAUCCGUGCACUGCCUUUUAUCAAAGCUUCCAGAAGAUUUGCCAUUUGAGGAUCUGCUGAAAACAUCUAGUAAACUAUAUGAGAGAUACAGCUUGACAGUAAUAGAGAAGGAAGUGGAAAAACUCAUUUGGCAAGAAAAAAAACAACGUCAAUUGGAAGAUCAGCUGAUUUUGGACCGUCGUAAAAAAGUGGUACGAUCUACAUCCUCUAAUAAGGGCUCUGCAUUGAGACAUUGGUUGCCGCGUUUCUUUACACCAAGGUCAAUGAUUGUGACAACUGCUUUAUCCAUUGUAGUUGGCAUAUGCGCUUUUUACUACAAAAAUCAGUAUCCGGGCAUCAGCUGAGUAAUUGAGAAUCUUAAUCCUACACUAUGUUUUGCGCACCGUUGUUCCAUCCAAACAAAAUGGAGCUUAAUGGUUGGCUUUUCCUUUUAUUAAUAACAUUGUAUUUAGCAAUAUUAUAAGUCCGUAAAAUUGUUAAAUACAUAAUUAGUGGAAUUUUUAACAUGCUAAGUAUAAGCGACCCGAUCAGAAUGCUAGUCGUGUUUAUGGUUUUGUAUUUUUGUGUGUAUUAAUAUGCAUGGAUAAAAAGAAUAAAAAAAGGCGUAAUUGAUCCA